AUGACUUACACGAUAAAAGGUAAACAUCCCCAAAAAGAGGAUCUAUCUCCGUCUCGAGACCUUCACGGACCAUAUGUAAAAGAAGCAAUGCAAAAUCCUGUGACAAAGAAGAUUCCUCAAGAGCUUCUUUGUCAAAAGAUCUCGCAGGAGUCUUCGACAACACACUGGGGAUUCCGUAUCCACGCGGCUCUGAUAAGAAGCUCUGAAGCAGCCUGGACGACGAGUGCGGCUAUGACUUACACGAUAAAAGGUAAACAUCCCCAAAAAGAGGAUCUAUCUCCGUCUCGAGACCUUCACGGACCAUAUGUAAAAGAAGCAAUGCAAAAUCCUGUGACAAAGAAGAUUCCUCAAGAGCUUCUUUGUCAAAAGAUCUCGCAGGAGUCUUCGACAACCUCGAAGGUUCGGUUCACUUGA